AUGGACCUUCUUCACUGUACGAUUUUACUUGGAGGAGCUACCCCACGGAACCUAUUUCACCUGCCGAGCGCCGCGAAAAGUUUGUUGGUGACAGUGGCCCCACGAUUGAACGGACCACAGAUCCUUAUGAGAUAUUCACAAGGAUUUGGGACCAUUCAAUCAUGGGGCACAUUGUCACCCAAACUAAUUUAUACGCACAGGAGUAUGCCUCCCAUUUACUUGAUACGGGGUUGAUGGGCCCCCAUAGUCGCAUCACUAGGUGGAAAGACGUCACGUUAGACGAGCUUUACGUCUAUUUUGCCAUAGUGUUGGCUAUGGGGGUCCUUGUCAAAUCAAAAAUGGAAGAAUACUGGUGCCGCGAUGGCAAUAUUUUCAGCACACCACAUUUUGCCGCAUAUAUGCCUCUUUUUAGGUUCCAGCUUAUUAAUAGAUGUUUACACUUUAAUGAUAAUAGACUUCUUAUGCCAGAUUUAUUACCUAAAGAGGCUAAACUAUUUAAAAUCAAACCAAUAGUUACCCAUUUAAAUUCAGCAUUUUCUAAAUUGUUUAAUCUUUACCAAAACGUUGCACUCGACGAGUCACUGACGCAGUGGAAGGGCUGGUUAAACAUAAAACAGUACAUACCAAACAAAAAGUCCGCAGUUGGAAUCAAAACAUACGAAGUAUGUGACUCCCGCACAGGAUAUCUGUGGCGGUUUGAAGUCCAUACGGGUGCUGAAAGUCCAUCCACGGAGAACGAUAGAAUAAUUGUGGGGAGUAUACCAAAUUUAGUUCUUCGACUGUUGGACGGCCUUGAACACAGUGGUCGUACCAUAUGGAUGGACAACUAUUAUAACUCCCCUUCUUUAGCCCGCGUCUUAAAAACGCUUGGUCUCGACUGCGUCGGGACUUUGCGGACCAACCGACAAUUUGUCCCAAAUGAAAUUGUCGCUUUAAAGCAGGGGAACAUGAGAGUAGGACAGGUGUGCGGCUGCACAUCCGGAGACGUCGACCUGAUGGUGUGGCGAGAUCAGAACAAGGUUGCUAUGAUUUCGACAUACCAUGGGGUCGCAGUCUCUGAUGGUAAGCCCACAAUUGUCAAAGAUUAUAAUAUCUGUAUGGGGGGCGUAGAUCGUAAAGACCAGAUGUUAUCUACGUAUCCUGUAGAGAGAAAACGUACUAUGGUAUGGUACAAAAAAUUCUUCAAAAGGCUUCUGAAUGUGAGCGUUCUAAACGCUUACAUUAUCAGCAAGUGUUUUGAUGAAUCAGUCGAUCACAGAGACUUCAGAACCGAUUUAAUUAAGGCUAUAUUACAAAAACAUAGCCAGCCUUUGCAGUCCGUCAGUGUCGCUCCGCUGCUAUCUCUCGCUGGGCCAAAACUAUCGCCUGAGGUGAUAGCGCACUUUCCAACAUGGCUCCCAACUCUGCCGAAUGGAUUUGGUAGACAAAAGCGUCAGUGUGCUGUUUGCAAAAAGCGUACUUACCAGUUUUGCAAACAGUGCAACGUUGCUUUAUGUUUUGACCCAGAGCGAGAUUGCUGCUACAUACAGUACCAUUCUUAAACGAACAGACUGACUGACUGACACAGCCUCCCCAAGUUAGAAUCGAGACAGACUGACUGACAAAUCGUAACAUACCGUAUAGUUUUUAUUUGACGUUUCUGUGUGCUUUUUGUAAAAACCAAAAGAAAUAAAUGACUUUGAGUUUGAGUUAUAGUUUGGCAGAAAAGUGACUGUGAUAUACGGGUGGACAACUGUAUCCGUAAGUACAAUACACUACCAAGUAAUGUGCCUGAAUUAUCAGCAAAAAUUGUGCCAUGAGGCUUACUAUAGCAUUAAAGAGUUUUUCAAUGACAAGGCUGCUUGGCAGUGAAUGAAUUGCUCAUCGUCUUAAGCAUAAAAAAACUAUG